GGUUGGGGUUGCGGAGGGGAGGCGUGUGUCUGCCAGCUACCUUUCUGACACUGUAUCGCGAGGCCCAGGUGAGACAGUGUUUAAAAGGAUACAGCCAAGAACCCACACACACUUAGACAGAUUCUGAGCAGCACUCACACACCCGCGUCUACGUCCAUACACCUACAACUGAAKAAUUUCUCAUAGUAGGAACCAAAGAUGUGGAUUUUAUUCCAGUUAGCAGCCCUGACAGCAGUGGCUGCGACCCAGAGGGACUGUUCUCGGGGGGCCUGUUACCCCCCUAUGGGAGACCUGCUCCUCGGUAGGGACCGUCAGCUUCAUGCCUCCUCCACCUGCGGCCUUGCCGGCUCUGAGGUCUUUUGCACCUACUUUGGACAGUGGAGGAUAAAGUGCUGUACCUGUGACUCCAGGAAUCCAUCCAGUCAGUUAGCUCACACCAUCCAGAACGUUCUAUCCACCACUGGACCCAACAGGUGGUGGCAGGCMAGGAAAGAUGUGAGUCCGGUUACCCUACAGUUGGACCUACAGAACCUGUUUCAGCUGGACACCAUCAUUCUGACCUUCAAGGGUCCCCAUCCUAGUGCGCUGGUGGUGGAGAGGACGUUGGAUAAUGGUCAAACCUGGCAACCGUCCCACUACAUGGCCUCAGACUGUCGCUCGGCCUUCCCUGGCAUUGCCAUGACUAUGCCACGCUCUCUGGACCAGACCUACUGCUACACCCUACCCCCCGUCCCCGCUAACUCUUACCAGGACCAGACCAUUCAGUUCAGCCCCUUGCGUCAGUUCUCUAGCAUCAGCGUCCCCAAUGGGCAGAAGAUUCAAGAGGUGUCAGGAUUGACAGGCCUGCGGGUGAAGUUGACUGAGCUUGGUGCUAUUUCCCGCUUGCCCGGCCGCACCCCUUCGCUGUUUUAUGCCCUCAGAGAGAUGAGAGUGAUGGGCACCUGCCUCUGCCACGGCCAUGCCAACCGCUGUCUGCAGGAUACUACUGCCUACCAGCUACCUAGCACACAGGUUAGUGCUCAGUGUGAGUGCCAGCACAACACAGCAGGUGUAAACUGUGAGCGAUGUGCUGAUCUCUACAACGACCUGCCCUGGAGAUCUGCAGAGGAGGGAAACACACACACCUGCAAACGUUGUGAGUGUAACAACCACGCCCAGCGGUGCCGUUUCGACCCAUCUGURUAUGAGGCGAGCGGAUGGAGGAGUGGGGGGGUGUGUGAGGGCUGUCUGCACCACACAACCGGGCCCAAAUGUGACCGCUGUGCCCCUGGAUACCAACCCAACCACCGGAGCAGCAUAGACCAGCCUGAUGCCUGCACACGCUGCCAUUGUAGUGCAGAGGGGGCAGAGAAUGGGGGUCGGUGUGAUGAUGUCACAGGGUCGUGUCGCUGCAAGAUGGGAUACUAUGGCCUGACCACCUYCAACCCUCUGGGCUGCACGAAGUGCUUGUGCAGUGCAGAGGGCUCCCUGUCCAGUGUGUGUGACCCUGUGAGCGGUCAGUGUCCCUGUCGACCUUACCACCAGGGGCUGACCUGUGAACUCUGUUCCCGUGGUUACUGGAACCCCUCCUCCUUCCGCGGCUGUGAGCCCUGUCGCUGUGACCCCACCAACUCCCAUGGUGACRYCUGCGACCGGAAUACGGGUCAGUGUCAGUGCAGGUCAGGGUUCGGAGGUCGUACCUGUACAGAAUGCCCUGACAACACUUACGGAGACCCCCUCAUUGGCUGCAGACCGUGUCAGUGUGCUGCUGGAGGCAUGGUACCAGGAGGCUGUGAUAAGCGUACAGGGGCCUGCCGGUGCCGUAUUGGUGUCAUAGGUAUUCGUUGUGAUGCCUGUAGCCGUGGCCAUGUUUACUCCUUUCCUGACUGUGAWGUCUGCCCCUCCUGCUUCUUCUCUCUGGACUCCUACAUCCAGAACCUCACCCUGGGCCUAGAGAGACUCUCCACCAGAAUCCCCUCUCGUCCUGGCGGCUCAUUGCCCACCGGUCUCGGUCUCCGCAUCCAGGCCUUGGAGGCCACUCUCAUCCAGAUGCGUGACUCUCUCCCACUCCCAACUCCCUCUACGAGACAAGUCAACGACGCCCUCUUUCAGCUACGCAGACUAAGGGACCAGUUAGAUCAGGUGGAUGGGGAUCUGUCACCCCAAGGCAGAGGCCUCGAGCUGGGCUCACAGCUGGACGAGUUGCAGGCUCUCCUGGGCGGCCUGGGUCUGCUGUACAACGCCAAGAGAGAUGCUCUCAGGAACCCUAUCAACUCCAACAAUGCAGGGGCCUUCUCUUCUAUAAAGAAUGCCUAUGACGAGUCCACGGAUGCGGCGAAGAUUGUGGAGGCUAGUGGGAAGACUGUAGAUCAAUCUUCAGCGGUCAGAGAGGAUUCUCUUGACCUCCAGAACCAGGUUCAACCAGCGAACACCAGAGACCUGGAGAAACUCAACCAGCAGCUGAACACCAAACCUGACCUCUCACCCACUGCCAAGCAGGUGUGUGGCAGUGUGCGCUCUGCCCCUUGUACCCCUGCCCAGUGUGAUGGUGAGCUGUGCCCUGCGGAGGGGGCGCCACCCUGUGGUCGUGGCGAGAGUUGCAUUGGGGCUCUGCCUCUGGGGACCCGAGCUGUGAGGGAUGCUGAGGAGGUAAAGGACAGACUGCAGCAGCUCAAUGGGAAGAUCACACAGGCUGCUGCACAGAUCCAGAAAACACAGGACACGGUCAAUAUGGUCAGACAGUCCACGGACGAUCUGGCCAAUCAGAUGAGGCGGGCCAGGGAUGACUUGGAGGCAGAUCUGCAGGAGACAAGAUACUUUGUUAAAGAGCUGAAGGACUUCCUGUCAGACCCUUUGUCAGACCCGACAGACAUCAGCACGGUGAGUGAAUGGAUCUUGAACGCAAAGCUGCCUCUCAGUCUGGCAGCUCUGAAGAGGAAGCUUCAGGAGAUCAGAGCCCUGGCGGCAGGACUCCCAGACAGCAAAGCAGUUCUGGACCAGGCUGGACCACAGCUCGACACCGCCCGGCGCCUGCUACAGGAGGCCCAGGACGCUAGGGAUGCUGGGCUGGGUGUGAAGGAUGAUGUUGACGGGCUGCUGGAUGGCUUCACCGCCGUGGAGGGCUCCCUCUCUGGCCUGAACGACAAAGUGCAGGACAGCCUGGACAUAGUGGAAGACAUCAGCAACAGUCUCACACAGACCAAGGCCCAGUUGACUCCCGCGGUGAAGGCUCUAGGGGAGGCGUCUGCCCUGGCUGAGGGGAUGAAACCUGAGCUGGAGGGGCUCAAGGCGCUGGUGCGCUCUGGAGAUCUGCUGGCCCAGAAUGCUAAGGGAGAGGCCAAUAAGGCUAACAAGGAGGCAGAUUCUGCGACCAGGGACCUGGCGUCCCUGGAGAAGCAGCUGGAGCAGCUGCGUGCUGCAGAGAGGACCAGUGGUCAUGGCGAUGGGACGGGGACGACAGGUGAGCGUCUCCGGAAGCUGCAGGAGGAGGCUGGUUCUCUGGCCCAGGACACUGGAGACAUGAUGAAGGCACUAGCAGGUAAAGCAGACUCUCUGCAUAGUCUACAGGAUGAGGUCCUACUGAAGUCCCAGAGGCUGACCGGUCUGGACGGCAAACUGCGGGAACUCCUGGCUGACAUGAGACAGAAGGUCAAGAUYUUCUCCACCUGCCAGGGCUGAGAGGUAAAAGGGCAGAGGUCAUCCUCAAAUAGCCUGUUCAUUGAGAUAGAGGAGCGAUGUUAUUUAUUUUGUCCCAUUUUGUAGAAUAAAUGUCCCAAUAAAUAUGUUUUUCAUGA